UGUUGAGUUAUAUGAAGUAUUAAUUACAUAUAUUGAGCUAUUAUAAUUGUGAAACGCGCAAUCCAGCGACGCAGAGAUCAGAAGAGGGCCGAGGAUGAACCAGUGAUGAUGAUGAUCGAGAAUGUGGAGAAAAACAUUCUCAAUUUCACAGAGGCCUUUCUCCUCCUCAGCAUCUGAGGUUCCAUCUCUGUACUCUUUCCUCCGACCUUCUCUUUUUGCCUUGAAACCGAACCCUGUAUCUCAAAAACCCGAACACCCACCCGGCCAACAAACCCUAACUCCACAAGAAAAGGUUACUUUACAAUCCACCCUCCACAAAUCCCUUUCCAUGUUUAAGAGCAGGUAUUUCAUGCCCUUUAGCUUGUGGGGUCAUUUGCUUGUUGAUAUUAGUAGGAAGAAUGGUAUAUUUGCAUCCUUCUUAAGCGUUUUUAAAGAGAGUUGUCGCAUUGCAUUGGAUGAGAAGUUGGAUUUUAUGAAACCGGAUUUGGUUGCCUGUAAUGCGGCUUUAGAGGGUUGUUGUCGUGAGCAAGAAUCUGUGGCUGAUGCUGAAAAUGUUGUGGAAACUAUGUCGGUCUUAGGUGUUAGGCCUGAUGAAUUCAGUUUUGGUUUUCUUGCUUAUCUGUAUGCAUUGAAAGGGCUUGAAGAUAAAAUAAAUGAACUAGAGAAAUUGAUUGAUGGAUUUGGUUUUGAAAACAAAAGUAUGUUUUAUUGUAAUUUGAUCAGUGGCUAUGUCAAGUCGCAAAAUUUGGAGCCUGUUUCUGCAGUUAUACUGCGUAGUUUGAGGGAAGGAGAAGAAUCGUCCUUUGGUGAAGAGACUUACUGUGAGAUAGUUAGAGGAUUUCUUGAGAGUAGAAAUAUUAAGGGUCUAGCAGCUUUGAUCAUUCAUGCUCAAAAGUUGGAGUCCUCAAUGGUGGCAGUUGAUAAAUCCGUUGGAUUUGGCAUUGUUAGUGCUUGUGUUAACCUUGGGUUAUCAGAUAAAGCACACAGCAUUGUGGAUGAAAUGAAUGCCCAGGGAGCCUCCAUAGGGCUUGGGGUUUAUGUGCCAAUCUUGAAGGCUUACUGCAAAGAGCAUAGGACUGCUGAAGCUACUCAACUAGUCAUGGAGAUAAGCAGCUCUGGGCUUCAGUUGGAUACAGGCACUUAUGAUGCUCUAAUAGAAGCAUCCAUGACAAGUCAAGAUUUUCAGUCAGCUUUUGCUUUGUUUAGAGACAUGAGAGAAGCAAGAGUACCCGAUUUGAAGGGAAGUUACUUAACUAUAAUGACUUGCCUUUUGGAAAACAAAAGGCCUGAGCUAAUGGCUGCAUUUUUAGAUGAAGUUGUUGAGGACCCUCGAGUUGAAGUGAAGACUCAUGAUUGGAAUUCAAUUAUUCAUGCCUUUUGUAAAGCUGGGCGGUUGGAAGAUGCAAGGAGAACAUUUAGAAGGAUGGCAUUCCUUCAGUUUGAACCAAAUAACCAAACAUAUUUGUCUCUUAUCAAUGGGUAUGUGAAUGCAGAGAAGUAUUUCAGUGUGUUAAUGUUGUGGAACGAGAUGAAACGAAAAAUUUCAAAUGAUUGUGAGAAAAGUCUUAAAUUUGAUCACGAUCUGGUAGAUGCAUUUGUGUAUGCUCUGGUUAAGGGAGGUUUUUUUGAUGCAGUUAUGCAAGUUGUGGAAAAAUCUCAGGAGAUGAAGGUUUUUGUCGAUAAGUGGAGAUACAAGCAAGCUUUCAUGGAGACUCAUAAAAAGCUUAAGGUGUCAAAGUUGAGAAAGAGAAACUUUAAAAAAAUGGAAGCACUUAUUGCUUUCAAGAAUUGGGCUGGUUUGAAUGCAUAGAUAGGAACAGUUGCUUGAGCUUUCACUAACUCUUCUUGCUACCAAAAGCUUAAACUUGGAUUUUCAUGUGAGGAUCUAUAAAGUAGAAGCUAUAUGAUCUUUCAAAAUUUGAUUGUUUAAGAUUGCAAAGAUCAGUGACAUUUAUUAGCAUGGUUUGGUACUACAUGACAGUUGAGGGGAAAGCUAGAGGAUGAUCUUCAGGGAAAA